AUGGGGAAUAUCAAAGCUCCAUUCAGAGGUAUCGAAAAGGAUAUUCAAGGUAGACUAUCUUGUUAUAAGCAAGAUUGGAAGGCUGGAAUUCGUUCAGGAUUUGGAAUACUGGCGCCAACAACAUAUAUCUUUUUUGCCUCAGCUCUUCCAGUGAUUGCAUUUGGAGAGCAAAUAAGCCGAGAUACCGAUGGGAGCCUAAGCACAGUAGAAACUUUGGCAUCAACUGCAAUUUGUGGUAUAAUACACUCUAUAUUUGGUGGUCAACCUCUGCUGAUAUUAGGAGUUGCAGAACCAACUAUCAUAAUGUACUCUUAUCUCUACAAAUUUGCCAAAGGAAGGGAAGACUUGGGACAAAAUCUCUAUUUGGCUUGGGCUGGAUGGGUUUGUGUGUGGACAGCUUUGUUCUUGUUUCUUCUUGCAAUAUUCAAUGCUUGUGACAUCAUAAAUAAAUUUACAAGAAUUGCAGGGGAAACUUUUGGCAUGUUGAUUGCUGUUCUUUUCAUUCAGGAGGCAACUAAGGGAAUUGUUAGUGAGUUCAAAAUUCCAAAAUCCGGGGACUCAAAUUCAGAGCAGUACCAGUUCCAAUGGCUUUUUACAAAUGGUUUACUUGGAGUCAUAUUUUCAUUUGGACUUCUCUACACCUCCUUAAAAAGCAGAAGAGCCAGGUCAUGGUGUUAUGGCACAGGUUGUCUCAGAGGCUUCAUUGCAGACUAUGGAAUGCUAUAG